CCAAAAGUCCGGUAACUGACAACCCAAAUUACCACGUUCUUUUUCCCCUCGUUCUAUUUCUACGACAAUGCAUCGCGCAUUAUCGUCGAGAUGGCUCAGGAGCGCCAUGAGUAUUGGCGACCGGGCCGCCUUGGGUGAGGUCCCGGUCUACCUCUGCCCAUCCCUCACCACCGCGUCUGCGCGGCGCUGCUUUGCGCCGACUGGCGAUGCGCGUCGCAACCUUCCUUACAGACAGCGACGAUGCAUGCACAUCGAGGCGACGACAAUGUCCGAACCGGCGGCGGCGGCGGCCCCGUCACCUCCUACUAGCGAAUCAACAAAGAACCCGAGGAGAAACCUCCCGGUGUCAUGCAGUGGCUGCGGCGCACUGAGCCAAACAACCGAGGCUGGGCAUGCUGGAUACUACGACCUGAGCAGGAAAGCCGUGAAGGAGUUCCUUGCGCCCAAGGGUAGCGAAGAGGAGGUGGAAAAUGGGGCGCGAGAGGAAGAUAAGGUCAUUGAUGAGGUCCUGCAGAACAUGAGUGAGGAGCAGCUUGCUCAGCUUGGCCUGGACCCGAAGACACUACGUUUUGGGGAGGAAUUGGGUUCUGGCGUUACGACACCGGGCCCCAAGCCGAAAAGAGUACCGCUUUGCGAUCGAUGCCACAAGCUGGUGCACCACCACUCCGGAGAGCCGAUCUACCACCCGACAGUCGACGCCCUGCGCGAGACGAUCGAGGAGUCACCCUUUAAGAACAACCACAUCUACCACGUAAUCGACGCCGCUGACUUCCCAAUGUCGUUCAUCCCGAAGCUGCACCAAGUCCUCGACGCCAAUCUGAAGCACAGGAACCGCAGGAAUAGGGCUGGAAGGUACUUCAAGGACCGCAAGUUCGACAUGAGCUUCAUCAUCACGCGAUCGGAUCUGCUCGCGCCGAAAAAGGAGCAAGUGGACUCGCUCAUGCCGUACCUGAGAGAGGUCCUGCGCCGGUCGCUGGGCAAGUUUGGACAGCUCAUCAGACUGGGCAACGUCAAGUGUGUCAGCGCGCAGCGAGGGUGGUGGACCAAGUCGCUCAAGGAGGAGAUUUACAAGCGCGGCGGCGCGGGCUGGAUGGUUGGCAAGGUCAACGUUGGAAAGAGUCAGCUAUUCGACUCGGUGUUCCCGAAGGGCACGACGGCAAAGCUCCCUUCGGGAAAUCGCAUGGAGAUCCCCUUGUUUGCAAAGGAGGAGGACAGCGACGGUGCCAGUUACGCGGCGAGGGGGCUGGAGAACGAUUCUGAUCGUCUUGAAGUGGAUGCUUUGCUGCCUCCUGCUCGUCCCGAAACAGACUUCCCGGAGAUGCCUACGGUCUCCUCUCUUCCAGGCACGACGGCUUCUCCUAUCCGAAUCCCCUUUGGCAACGGCAAGGGGGAGCUGAUUGACCUCCCUGGAGUGGCUCGAUCAGAUCUCGAGAGAUACGUCAAGCCGGAGCACCGUAACGAUCUCAUCAUGCACCACCGAAUCAAGCCGGAACAGCAAUCCCUCAAGCCCGGCCAAUCCCUCCUGCUUGGAAGCCUGAUCCGCAUCACCCCCACCACGCCGGACCUCGUCUUCCUCGCCUACAACUUCACCCCGAUCCCCGAACACGCGACCUCCACCGAGAAGGCCAUCGAGUUCCAGCAGCAGACGAGGGAAUCCGACCGCGUGCCCAACAUCGCCGCCCCCGGCCUCGCCGAGAAGCUCAAGCUCGCGGGCGCCUUUGAGCUCAAGUACGACGUUACCAAGGAGCGCGCCGGACCGCUCACGCGCAAGGACGUCGGCCGCAGAAAGGUCGAGGACCUCCCCUGGCGCGUGAUGGCUACCGACAUCCUCAUCGAGGGCUGCGGAUGGGUCGAGAUCGUGGCACAGGUGCGAACCAAGGACCUGUUUGCCGGCUGCGCGCCGUCCUUUACGCAAGAAGAACCUGAACCCGAGCUUGAACCGGAGGUCGAGGAGCCCGAGCCCGUAGACGGUUUCGCCAGGAUGGAGAUGGCUAUGAACAGCCAGGCCGGCGGUCCUCCCAAGGUCGAGAAGCCGAAGAAGAAGGAAAAGGAGAAGCCCGCGGAACCUGCCCGGAAACCCGACGAGCCGAAUUGGCCCGUCGUCGAGGUCUGGACGCCCGAGGGCAGGUUCGUCGGCGCUCGUCUGCCGAUGAACGCGUGGCUUUUGAAUAAGUCUCCCAAGAAGGAGAUGAAGAGCCGUCCGCGCAAGAGCAUGAAGGGCGCGAAGAAGGCGGCCAAGGCUGUCAAGAGAGCCCUUGCGGCGGCUGAAUAAUUGGCCUUGGAACACCUCCCCACACAACCACACAUAUAUAUACUAUGUACACCACCUGUAGAAUAUUUGCAUGCGAUACCCAUGUGUAAAACCCACGUAUCAAUACCAAUAAUCAACCAUUUAUUACAAG